UCGUACGGUCGUACGGUCCGUGUGAGGAGCUGCCCUGACGCCGCGUCGGUCGGCGAUACUCAGGCGGACUGGCUGCCCUAAGCGUCGCCGUCAUGCCGGCCGGACCCGUGCCCGCCGUGCCGCCGCCGCCGCCCGCGGCCACCGAGCCCAAGCAGCCCACAGAGGAGGAGGCCUCGUCCAAGGAGGAUUCUGCCCCGUCCAAGCCGGUGGUGGGGAUCAUUUACCCGCCCCCAGAGGUCCGCAACAUCGUCGACAAGACCGCCAGCUUCGUGGCCAGAAACGGACCUGAAUUUGAAGCGAGAAUACGGCAGAACGAGAUCAACAACCCCAAGUUUAACUUCUUGAACCCCAACGACCCUUACCAUGCCUACUACCGCCACAAGGUCAGCGAGUUCAAGGAGGGGAAGGCCCAGGAGCCGUCGGCCGCCAUCCCCAAGGUCAUGCAGCAGCAGCAGCAGCAGCAGACCCAGCAGCAGCUGCCCCAGAAGGUCCAGGCCCAGGUGAUCCAGGAGACUGUCGUCCCCAAGGAGCCCCCUCCCGAGUUUGAGUUCAUUGCAGACCCCCCCUCCAUCUCGGCCUUCGACCUGGACGUGGUGAAGCUGACGGCGCAGUUUGUGGCCAGGAACGGGCGGCAGUUCCUGACGCAGCUGAUGCAGAAGGAGCAGCGUAACUACCAGUUCGACUUCCUCCGCCCGCAGCACAGCCUGUUCAGCUACUUCACGAAGCUGGUGGAGCAGUACACCAAGAUCUUGAUCCCACCCAAAGGCUUAUUCUCAAAGCUCAAGAAAGAGGCAGAGAACCCCCGAGAGGUUCUGGACCAGGUGUGCUACCGUGUGGAGUGGGCCAAGUUCCAGGAGCGCGAGAGGAAGAAGGAGGAGGAGGAGAAGGAGAAGGAGCGCGUGGCCUACGCCCAGAUCGACUGGCACGACUUCGUGGUGGUGGAGACGGUGGACUUCCAGCCCAGCGAGCAAGGCAACUUCCCUCCCCCCACCACCCCGGAGGAGCUGGGGGCCCGAAUCCUCAUCCAGGAGCGCUACGAGAAGUUUGGGGAGAGCGAGGAGGUGGAGAUGGAGGUGGAGUCGGACGAGGAGGACGAGAAGCAGGAGAAGACAGAGGAGCCUCCUUCCCAGCUGGACCAGGACACCCAAGUGCAGGACAUGGACGAGGGUUCAGAUGACGAGGAGGAAGGGCAGAAGGUGCCCCCACCCCCAGAGACACCCAUGCCUCCGCCUCUGCCUCCAACUCCGGACCAGGUCAUUGUGCGGAAGGACUACGACCCCAAAGCCUCCAAGCCGCUGCCCCCAGCGCCGGCUCCGGACGAGUAUCUCGUGUCCCCCAUCACGGGGGAGAAGAUCCCGGCCAGCAAGAUGCAGGAGCACAUGCGUAUUGGGCUGCUCGACCCCCGCUGGCUGGAGCAGCGAGACCGCUCCAUCCGCGAGAAGCAGAGCGACGACGAGGUGUACGCCCCAGGCCUGGACAUUGAGAGCAGCUUGAAGCAGCUUGCCGAGCGGCGUACCGACAUCUUCGGCGUGGAGGAGACGGCCAUCGGGAAGAAGAUCGGCGAGGAGGAGAUCCAGAAGCCGGAGGAGAAGGUGACUUGGGACGGCCACUCGGGCAGCAUGGCCCGCACCCAGCAGGCCGCGCAGGCCAACAUCACCCUGCAGGAGCAGAUCGAGGCCAUCCACAAGGCCAAGGGCCUGGUGCCGGAAGAUGACACCAAAGAGAAGAUCGGCCCCAGCAAGCCCAAUGAGCUCCCCCAGCAGCCGCCACCGCCGUCUUCAGCCACCAACAUCCCCACCCCAGCGCCACCCAUCACGUCGGUGCCCCGGCCUCCCGCGAUGCCACCUCCCGUUCGCACGACAGUCGUGUCCGCAGUGCCUGUCAUGCCUCGGCCCCCCAUGGCGUCGGUCGUCAGGCUGCCCCCAGGCUCGGUGAUCGCCCCCAUGCCCCCCAUCAUCCACGCGCCCAGGAUCAACGUGGUGCCCAUGCCCCCCUCGGCCCCUCCCAUCAUGGCCCCCCGCCCACCCCCCAUGAUUGUGCCCACAGCCUUCGUGCCUGCCCCGCCCGUGGCGCCUGUGCCGGCCCCUGCCCCCAUGCCCCCUGUGCACCCCCCACCUCCCAUGGAGGAUGAGCCGGCCUCUAAGAAGCUCAAGACUGAGGACAGCCUCAUGCCCGAGGAGGAGUUCCUGCGCAGGAACAAGGGUCCAGUGUCCGUCAAAGUCCAGGUACCCAGCAUGCAGGACAAGACAGAAUGGAAGCUCAGCGGGCAGGUGCUGGUAUUCACCCUCCCGCUCACAGACCAGGUCUCGGUCAUCAAGGUGAAGAUUCACGAGGCCACGGGCAUGCCCGCAGGAAAGCAGAAGCUGCAGUAUGAGGGCAUCUUCAUCAAGGACUCCAACUCGCUGGCUUACUACAAUAUGGCCAGCGGCGCCAUCAUCCACCUGGCCCUCAAGGAGAGAGGAGGGAGAAAGAAGUAGGAGAGGCCUGGCGCGUCCCAGCCACAGCUCUCCUGUCCCCCACCCCGCCCACACCUGCUCUCUUUGGAAAUUGAGGUCUUUCCUGCGGUUUCUUUCCCUCAGCUCCUCCCACACUGACCAGGGUAGCUGGGCUUUCUGGGCCACUCUGCUUCCUGUAGUUUCUGGAAUUCUUCAGUGUGGGGCCUGGUUUGGACUGACCCAUGGGCAGCCCACUGGGCAGCGUGUCUCAGCCGCGGCACUGUGGCAGGGUGAUAGCAAGUCCUCGUUUUGUACCUCGUGAGCUGCCUAAUAAAACUCCUGCACCCUC